UUCUCCUUGAUUGGAAGCGAGAAACGGAGCUUUGAUUCCAAAGAGAAAACAAAACAUGUUUACAGCAGUGAAGCCACCUAUUUCUCAACAGACUACUAGUCUGAUUUAUUUACAUACGUAGAGAAGGUACAACGACUGGUUUCUAAUUUCGUGGAGUAUAAGACUGCGAAAUGUUUUCCAAUCACGAUGUGUGAAACAAGCAGCUCUCCACAAUCGCCGCGGACAGCUCCGAGUUCAAAGCAGUAUGAUUAUUUGCUCAAAUUUCUCCUUGUCGGAGACAGCGAUGUAGGUAAAGAGGAACUUUUGUCUGGAAUGGAAGAUGGUGCAUCAGAAUCUCCCUACGGUUACUCGAGCAGUGGCAUUGACUAUAAGACAACAACCAUUCUUCUUGAUGGAAAAAGAGUAAAACUUCAGUUAUGGGACACUUCUGGUCAAGGCAGAUUCUGCACCAUCUUGAGAUCAUACUCAAGAGGAGCCCAGGGUAUUCUUCUAGUGUAUGACAUCACCAACAAAUGGUCCUUUGACGGCAUUGAUCGCUGGAUCAAGGAAGUUAAUGAGCAUGCACCCGGAGUACCAAAAAUACUUGUGGGGAAUCGCCUACACCUAGCCUUCCGUCGUCAAAUCAGCGAGUCCUAUGCUGAAGUGUAUGCAUUAAAGAAUGACAUGGCAUUUUUUGAAGUCAGUCCUUUAUGUGACUUCAAUGUCACAGAGUCAUUUGCAGAGCUUUCUCGUCUGGCACUUAAAAGAAAUGGCAUGAGUCGAGCCUGGGGUCAUAACAGAGUGCUGAGCUUGCAGGAGCUAGCUUGCCGCACCAUCGUGUCCCAGACAACAAUAUAUGGGAUAGAUCACCUUCCCCUUCCACCGGCACUCAAGUCCCACCUUAAGUCCUACGCUCUGACAAACAAGACAAGAGCUCGCAUGCUCAGCUUUAUGCACCGAGACAAGCACAAAAAGGCGAAGUAUCUUAACCCACAAGAUUCACCUCCGAUGAACUGCCGAAAGAGUUGUGUUAUUAGCUAGCGAGUCAGCUGAUUUGUGCUUAGAAAAACAUGUAGCGACGAGUGGGAAGGGUGUUUGUAGGAAGGAAGAGUCUGUUUGCUUGUAAUUUCCCCCCCCCCCCACUCUACUUCCUCCAGUGCUGUUCAUGGAGGGGCCAUUGAGAUGGAAUCUGCAAGAGAAAGGUUGUGUUAUAUUAAACUCCUUUGCCAGUAGAGAAAUAUUUCAGCUUCAGAAGAAGGAAGCUUUGAGGAGGUAAGGAUGGAUUCUCAACAAAACCAUUUUCUUGCCUUUCUCAAGGAAAGGCAGUAAAUGCCAGCAGAAGUGUAUAGGGGUGGAGCUGUAAGGAAGGCAGCUUUAUAUCCUGUCUUUGUGUCUUCUUUUUCAUGUUAAGUGCACAGCAGUGAUUAGGGUUCAUUUGCUAUCCUCCUGAAAAGGGGAAUUAUACAGUAUUUUGGUGCUUUUCCUUGGACACACAAAGAUUUUAAGCAUGGCUGAAGAAAAUGAAAAUGAAAACAGGUUUAUUUCCCUCCGAGUGCUGAUUUGUUGCCAAAACAGAAGCUUGUUGUGCCAUGCAGACAUAGAACAUUAACAACAGUGAGUGUGAGCAAAGCAGUCACCAUGGGAUUUCUUUUGCACAGAAUGAAGUUUUCAUGCUGUGGGAACAAAGACAUUCUCCCGCAGAUAUUGUGUCAACUUUCCAUGACUUUUGUAGCAGCUGAUAAGCUUGGAAUCUUAUGUUCAUUUGUUGGAUGUUGGAAGUCUUCAUUAACAUUUUUUUAAAGUACAGUGCAACGUCCUUACCCCAGUUUCUCAUAGUUCCCCUCUUGCUUUGUAAGAGAGAUUGCAGUAAUCACAUCACCAGCGAAUACCAGCUAAAAUACCGUUUAUACCAAAAACUUAGUGGUAAAGGUUUGCAAUGUUUUAGGAAAGAAGAGAUAUCCAAGCAAAUUACUUUGUAGGUGUUUUGGUUAGCUUUUAUUGACCAAGACGUUGCAGAAUUUUUUUAAGUAGCCUCCUUGUGUUCAGGUAAAGCUAAGGGUGAGUGAGUAAAUUUGUGCAGGUUUCUGUUUGAGUUGUCCUUUCUUCUUGCUUUAUCAAAAUGAGUGUGGUUAAAAUGCUGGGCUUUCAUAGUAGCAGAAAACAAUGUAUAGUAAAAAUUAAUCUACAUUUUCUCUUAUACAGCAUUGAUGUCAGUUUAUGUUAUGAUAUGUUUAUGAGUGCGUAUGUACAUUAGCAGAGUUAAUCAUAUUUCAUCUUUUUUGAAUGUAGGAGGCAUUUAUUUUAUUCAUUCAUCCUAUAACUGGUAUCAGUUGUGCUGGUUGUCAGAGAAAACAGCUGGCUAGAUGCUGCAGCUGACAAUCAUUCAGGCCUGUCUUAAUCAGUGGUGAGCAGGUCCUGUGUGGAACAACCAGCACAUUCCUUCAUGUUUGCAUCCAGUUCUUCCUCCGUUCACCUUGACAUUGACCCCACUCCAAGGUGUAAAAAUGGUGUCGUGUGAGGUCACAGCUUGUGCCACUUGACUGCUGCAAGAAGGGAUUCCUGCUGGCAACUGUGCUUUUAGGUUUUGUGUUCCAUGAAGGGUAUUUAUUGUGCUUCUUCCCUUUGCUAUCAAAACUAGGAUGCAGUUUAUAGUUUGCUAACAAGCUAGAAGAAGAAAUGUACUCCAGUUACAUAUUAAAUAUGUGGGCAGAGAUGAAUAUAUUUCAUCUUGUGCCUAAAUGUUAUGUACCUGAAUGGCACCUAUUGCUCUCCAUGUUAAGUUGUUUGUAGCUGAAUGAUUUUAGUGAAAUAAGGGAGUGUGCAAUCCGAUAGGGGGAUGGGGAAGAUGCUUUUGUCUGUUUAUGCAUUGCCUGUGAAUAUUCAUUCUUUAAUGAGCAAGCAGUAGAUGCAUAGACGUCUUUAGUCUUGGUAUUGAAGUUGGUGGAUGGUAGGGGAAAAAAAUACUUUUUAUAAAAAGACAGUACGAACAAUAGCCCUCUAAAAUAUGUUGUUGUUUUUUUAAUUGAAUGAUGAAUUUUGCAGAAAGUAGGAGUUUAAAUAGCUGUUUCAGCCGUUUGGCAGUUUUGAAUCUUUCCUUCAUAUUUCCUGUUCAUGGUGCUUUGUAUAAGGCUUUUAUAUAGCUUUGUGCUGGUUCGCCCUAGUCCUGAUCUUGUGAACCUUUAUUAUGCACUAGCAUGUUCUUAACCAGGCUUUAAACUGUAUGUUACAUCCACUUUAUAUAUGACAUUUAAAUGCUUAUCACCCAGAAUCUGCAUCCUCUAGGCAGCUUCCACAGGGGUCUCUCAGAUGAGUGUGCUUGGAGUUUAUCUGCUUACUUGCUAAAAGGGCAAUCGUUUUUUUUCAGUCAUAUGCUGUGUCGAAAUUUGAAACAUUCUUCUGUUGAGUUAAAUAUACCUAUGUGUAAUAUCAAGUGCAACAUUGAGUUUGAUAGUAUUUUUUUUUUUUAAUAUUGAUCCUAAUAUUGUUCAAGAAACAAAGGCGAGAAAGUUUAGUUACAUCCCUUUCAAUUUUUUUAUCACAUUUUAAAAUAAUUACAGUUUAAUUGUAUGUGGUAAUUUUGGUAAGGGUUGAAUAUACUGUAAAACUGGCUUGUAAGAUAAAGAAAUUGGGAGAUGCGCAAAGCAAGUAUCCUUUGGCUUUUAUUUUAGGGGUGUGCAUUUAGCAUUGUCUUAUUUUAGUAAAUCUACAUAAAUGAGGGCAUGAAAGCAGAUUUUAAAAAUUGCAAUCUCAGGCCAUGAAGUGCAAAUUUCACCAAUAAUUGUCUUCACACAAUCAUCAAGCAGUAUAUAGCAAUACUUGAAUAUAUUGUGAAAGAUGCAUAGCAUAUUGAGUCCUAAUUACAAGCUUAUUACCUUUAUCUUCUUUCUGGGUCAUUUGACAUUAAAAAAAACAAACAAACAAAAGGGGGAGUCGUUCUCAGCUACCACAUUUCGGGGGUUUGUCAAGCGUUUUGAGAGAGAUGCUGUUUCUGAUGUUAGCUACGAUGGUGAAAAGGCAAAAUUAAUGUAGAAGAAAAGUUGGGACUGCAAUGUUGUGUUCAUACCUCUAUAACAAGUAUAUCCCACCUACCAAGUCUCAGAUAAUGUUAUUUAUGCUAUUACAUUAUUUCAGUUUUAAAGACCAGGAAAUUAUUGAUAUCACAGGUAUGAUGGAGUCCAGAUGAUGGGGGAAGUACAUUUGGAAAGGUUAAGUGCAAUGCAGGGCUUAUGCUAGAUUCACAGAUUAAAUAUAGUUACAGUCCAAGAAUUGACCAGAUUUUGCUGUUGUUAGUUUUUAUUUUAAUGAUAUAUCUAAUACUCUGUUGUAAAAUUCUUUUGUUUAAAUAGAAUACUCCAAUUAUUUAUAAUAUCCAUUUGAAAUGUCAGUGAAACCUAUAAAAAUAUAUCAGUGUACUGUAUGCCUACAACUUCGUGCAAAUUUUUUUUCUGAGAAAUGAAUCUUUUCAUACCUUUUGUUUUUGUUAAGAGCAUCACAGUAUGUAAAGAAAUCUUGCACAUCAUAGAUUUGGAAUGCUUUGUGAGCAUAAAUGAUUUGUUUUUCUUUGUUUUUAUUUACCUGUGAUAAAAUUUGUGUCAGGUGGAUGAAGGCUGAGGUGACUAGUUGUAAGAUAGUAGUUGGAUGUUUCAUGGUGACUAAAGCAGUUACCCUGUCAAAGAAGCUAUUUUUCAUUUAAACACUUACUAUUAAACCCUUAAUAUUUACUAUUGCAGAAGUAACACAAAAUAUGAGUAGUUGUAUAUUAGAAACAUUACAUAACUAGCUCUGAAACACAAUGGUUUGUGCAGAAGAUGCACACAAACAUCUGGCUUGUCAUUCAUUGACACACAAGUGGUUUGUGUGAUGCGCACAAAUAUCUGGGUUUGUCAUUUACUUGCAUGCAAAUGUGUGUGCAUCUGCAUUCAUAGCCUAGGAAAUCUUGAAAUCAUAUCUUCAUGAUAUCCUUAAAUGUUCUAAUAAUUCCACUGCUUCUUCUGCCUUUUUUUUUAACACAUGAAAUUUUUUGUGUGUGAAAAAUGUUUCUGAUUGAUAAUGACAUUGAUUUGCAGCAAGACACCUCACCCUCCCUGCCUAGUUUGCUUGUGCCAUAAGACAAAGGGGAUGACUUGCUGGGCUUCUAUGCUCAUGUUAUCAACCAGAGCAAAUUAUUUGCAAAGUUCUUUUGGUUCCAGCAUGUGAUUAGUAAUUUGAACAUAUCUAAAAAUACCUAAAAAUGUUUGUACCAUACACUGUGUUGUGUCUUAAGGUGAUAGCUGUUCUAUGUCAAUGUACCAUCAAGAUGUUAAUUUCUCAUUCUAGAUUUUUGUACUUUUUAGAGAAAACGCAGCCAUCUUAAAACUUAAUAAUAUUGGGUAUACCAGAUGUUGUGUUUCAAUGAUAUUUCCCUAGGUUUUCUCAGUAACUUCCCACAAUGCCAUUUGUUCCUAUUAUUAUGUCUUUUCUCUGGUGCACUGCUUGCAUGUGUGUGUGCAAGAGAGAAAGAGAAUGCCUGGAAAAGAUAACCUGCUACUAUAUGCUCCCAUCUUUCCUGUGUCAUUCCAUUCUUAACAAAUAUCUUGAUAUUGAAUCUGGCAUUGCCUACAGACUUCUGAUCGUUUCCUGCAUGGUUUUAACAGAUGUAAAUAAUGCUGGUGUCAGGUUUAUAUUUCAGCUGUUACAGUGAUACACUUUCCAUGUUCAGUUUAGAUGAACAAGGUUUCAUUUAGGGAUAAUGUUAGGUUCUGCUUCAGUUUCUGUGCACACCAAGUAAACUGGAUUUUGAAACAACACCAGUUCUUGUUUUGUAAGGUAUUGGAGCAGUGACAAUGGAAAGUGGAAGACGUAGAUUUACAUGUUUUCUCCCUUUUCCUUUUGCAUGUAUGUGUGAAACAGUUUUAUGUAUUUGUUUUGAACUUAGUCUACCCAACUAGUCUGCCAUCUUUUUUAAUGAACAGGUUCCAAAAAUUAAUUUUGUUUCUUAUUGCUGUAUGCAAGUUUAUUGUUUCAUCAUUAUUAUAGGACGUACAUUUUUCUUUAAUAGGAUUAGACUUGGGAAAUUCAUAAUACUUCUAGUAUUUGACCAAUUCGUAGAAAGGGAGAAAAUCAGAAUGGAAUAGGGGAUUUGAUUUGAAGAGUGAUGUACAUUGAGAUUUAUUUGAUUUAGUCUGUCUGGUUGUCAUCUGAAGUAGUUUCCAGGUUCAAAUACUAUUGGCUGUUACUUGUAGAAUAAUCUGUUUCAAAGAAAUGAUGGAACACAUAGAUAACUCUUUCACUGACUCGCUCAUAGAGCAGAAUAUUCUUUCAUAUAUUAUUCACAACCAUAGUUUUUAUGGACAGGUGUUGUAGAGGAAAGAUUGAAUCCUCUGUCUCUUUCCUCUUAGAACAGUAAACUAUUUAUACAUGCUCUGAAAAUUUUGGGGUAUGUUGCUUUUCCACAUUUUGUUUACAUGCCAAAGUAUUUAGAAUGUAAAAAGUUUUCUCGUGUAUGUUGCUGUAUGUUUUAAUCUUCUGAUGUUAGUGCUCUAAGUAUCUUCCGUGAUAUAUUCUCAGAAAUUCUCCUUUUAUUGUGACUUCAUCAAGCAGUAGCAUGGUAAGGUUUUCAGCAGGUUUUUUUUUUUUUUCUUUGAAUCUGUUUUUUCCCUAGUCUGGAUUUCUUAAGUAAAAACUAGCUUGCAUCCUUGUCUGAUUUUGUCAAUACAGGUCCGACUGAAAGCAUGUAAUCUAAGUGGUGCAAUGUGAGUGUAAAAUGAAGACUAUUUCCUCUUUAUGAAUAGUUGAUGGUGAAGUUCAGUUUGUUGUCAGUGUUGAAAUGUACAUUAUGAAUAUUGUGUUUUUUGAAUGUUAAUGAUGGUCAGUAUUUUUGGUUUCUAUGUUUGGUGUAUGUGGGAACACUGUUCACCAACAUUGUAGCUGUAUUUAAGACUGUACACAGCUGAGCACAUUCAGGUGAAGAAGACAGUUGAUCAGCAAUAAAAUGAACAGAUGGGAAAAUGGAAA